AUCGUAUCAUCUUCUGUGUCUUUUUGGAGGUUGAUUACAAAAUUUUCAAGAAGAAAAUGGGCGAGUUUUUCCCUCUAGAUGAUGCCAACGAAGAAGGAACUGAGCUGAGUGAGGAGACAGAAGGAUUGGAACAAAAAAGCCAUCCUCCAUCUCCAGCAAAGAGCAAAGCAGAGCAUCCUGAGGACCUGCAAGAUAAUGCUGAAGGUGGUGACAGCACAGAGGAGAAGCAAAACACUGAAGAAACCAAGGCCCAGAGCCAAGAAGCAGAUGAGACAAAACCUUCAGCUGUAGCCAGCCUAUCAUCAUCAGAAGAAAGAGAGCUGAGUAAGGAUAAAGACUCUCUGAAAGACUGCAAAGGUGCACAAGAGAGUGACCCAGUGCAUCCUGUGGGAUGUGAACAAGAUCAAGCUGAAGGACAACAGGAUAUUUCUGCAGAGGAAGAGAUGAAAACUGGUGCAGAUUCCCAAAGCUCCUUCAUGGAAGUACAAGAGCCAUUGUCAAACCAGGAAGACACAACAGAAGUUGAGAUACCUUUGAUUCAUGAUGCAGAGGAAAAAGAAGAAGGAGGAAAAGAAAAAGGAGGAGGAGGGGUGCAAGGGAAAGAGGUAGCUUCUUCAGAACCUAUGAAAGUUGAUCUUGUAUGUGAAGCAGCAGAUGAUUCAAAAAAGGAUGAGGAAAUGAAUAGUCAAGUUGAAAGUAUAAAUGAUCCUAUGGAAACAGAGCGGGAAACUAAGUAACAGGAAGGAUGCAGGAGAGGAGAGACCUGAGGAAACCCAAUGGGCAAGCGCCGACAUCCUACAGCAUCAUUCUUGGCAGAAAAGAGCACACAGAGAUGCUCCACGGGUUGGGAGGGAGGGAGCUUUGGGGAAAUUACUCUUUGCUUUAUUUUCUCUUUGUUCUUCAUUGCAUUUUGUUCUGUAAGCCUGUUGGAAAGAAACAUAACUUCCCAGUUCUAACAAUGUUUUGCAAUUUUCCCUGCAAUUACAACAGUUUCUUCUGAACCAUGAGUCCGUCUUAUAUUGGGUCUCUUUUGCUCCUGCAUCAUAUAAUCAGUAGCCUGUUUCCAGGCCCAAUCCUUUAUCUUCUUUCCUCAUUAUGGUACUGUCUACAGGAAACCUGUGGGACCCAGAUUAUUACUCUCUCCCCUUCUUCCUCUCCCUUUUUAAAAACUUCUGUAGGAUAUGAAUAGAAAUUUGCUUCUAGAACAUGAACUGCCACAAAGGAUUAUAACCCUCACACACUGAUAAGCAACCACCCUCCUUGUGCUAGGGUUUUGAAAGACUAAAUGCUCCAAAAUCUCAGAAAUAUAGAUAGAGACAGCCCUGCAUGUUGCUUGCCUCCAGGCUUGUCAAUCGGCUGCUCCUGCCAGCACCUACCAGCAGGUCACCCUGUCUGAACCCCAGCUGCUAGAAGAGGCUCUGGCUGGAUUCCCUGGAGUUCAUGCUGGAAGCAGAGUUUGUGUGUUAAGUGUCUCAUCCCAAUGCCUCAGGACUGCUCGUAGCUCUGCCCUUCCCCUUUCUCUCUGGCAUGGGAAAGCUAAACCAUGACCAGCCCGCGCUGUGUCAUGCCUCUCUCUAGAUCCUACACUUGAAUAGAACAUGCAUGGCCUCAAACAGCCAGUGCCCAAAAUCAGUCCUGCUGUUUUCCAGUCACCUCUGCACACCUGAAAAUCAGGGCUGUAGGUAUGACCCUCAGGUGCAGGUAGCAACAGAUACUUCCUCGAGCCUGCAAGAGACAGAGGAUAACAGGCACUCUGCAUUCAAGACAUCUUUAAAUACGUCUCCCAGCUUUAACAGCUUCACACUAUAUCAUGUGUGAGCCCUCAUUAUAUUUUCUACUGCAUAUGCAUGUUUUUUUUUUAUUUUUUUUUAAAGCAAUUAACAGUUAUUUGGAAAGGAAUGUCUCACCAUAUGUCAAUUGUUCUGCCAGCAAAUGCUGCACUGAAAUUUUUAGAAAAGGAACAAAAGGGUUUCACAUACAUUUCGCAACCAUACUGUAACCAAAACCGAUAGACAGUACAUUUGAUGGAGGAGCAUGCAACCUGUGGCCAGGAAGUGAUGUGCUACAAACUGUAUUUUAAAAUGCUGCUGAUAAUAAUUUGCUAAUUUUGGGCAAAGUAAUUGAUUCUGUUGUUUUGUUGGGUUGUUUUCCCAAAAUAUGCAUGGAUCCGGAAACAUUUAUAUACUAGCUGGCCAAAAAAAAAACAAAAGAAGAAAAAGUAAAGUAAAGGAAGGGGUAAGAUGCGUCUCCAUCCUCCUGUGGUUUUGUUUUAUCCCAGCUAGAGAACAUUUGGUGAUAAACCAUCUGCUGGUGUAACAGCAAGUCAAAUGGGGCCCUGAAACACCUAGCACUGUCUACAGCAGCUGGUGGCUGCCAUCAGCUGCAGGUUAAUUUGAAAGGGUUUCAGGACAAACAAAUAUUUAAAAGAAAAGAAGAGGCCAGGAUUUCACCUGGAGUGUAUGGUCCCUAGAAAGGCAAACCCCUAUCUUCCAAUGUGCAGCUACAGUACAUUUGCUUGUGCUGGGGUUAGAAGAGUAUUUUCCACAUGCCAACUUCUGUGGUGUUUUAACUGAGAUGACACUAGUGCCAGAGAAGAUCUUGGACUUCUUUAUCACCCAUUUCUCCCAGAGAUCAGUGGAUGCCUAAUUCUGAAUUGUAUUGACUGUGAAAGGAGUAAGAAAGCCUAUGGAUUUGGCUUAUGAUAUUGCUAAGUUUACCUAAAUUUGCUAGAUGUCACUCCUCUGCCCUUUUUUUUUUUCUCUUCGGAGCAUCCUUGCAGGGACUCAUCCUCUUUGAGAUGUCACUGAUGCUUUUAUUUCCCAUUCCUGGGGUCAUGCUCAACAGAAUGUGUCUUUUGGGACAUGGAUUAUUUUUUUCUUGCUGUUCCUUCACCUGGUCUCCAGCCAAUUGCAAUUUUGCAGUGGGAGGCUUUGUGAGUAGGACCUCAGCAUGGUGCACAUCCCAUAUAUUUCUGUAUCAUUUCCUAACUGGAUGAUUUUGAUUGAAACAGCCUGUCAAAAUAGCUGGGGCAAAAGUGGAUAAAUACUUUUGAAGGAAGAGGAAUAAACACAGUAGUUUUCUUGCCUCUCAGUUCCCCUUUUGUGUGGAAAGACCAAGAUUGAAGAGCUCUCUCUCCAUCUAGGUAAGCGAGGGAACUGGCUCUGUCAGAGCUGGACAUGAACUCAGGAAGCUCAACUUUGAGCUGUACAAAACGUGAAGGAGAUCUGAGGCUGCCCACAUCCUUGGCCAGAGUGAACUGCACUCUGUAUAGUUAUGAUAACUUGAGUCAACACAGCUCUUGUUCCAAUUGUGCUCACUCAUGGGCAACAUUAACAGAGCUGUAGGAUGUCAUUAGCCAUGUAUCCGAUGUCCCUCUCACCAUUGCCAACCUUAGUUUUAGUGGAGAAAGGAAAAGGAGAGCCCCUCUGGAGGCUGGAUGCUGAGGUGUGACUAUUCAGCAAAGAGACAAAGACUCCUUGUGAAGAUUGAUAUUUUUUAAAAAACAAAAACUGCAAAGAUAUGUCACAUUGCACACUCUCUAACCCCUGGCAGUUAUUUCAUUGCACUUUUCAUUUAACCUUGGUACUCAAAACAGCAGCGAGUCUCUGAAACUGUGAAGUGUUUUCUCAAGGAUGCAGCAGUGAAGUGAGAAGCCCAGGUAGGACAUGUAAACCAAGGAAAUGGAGAAGUUGAGCAAGUCCUUCCAAGACAACUUGCAUCUGUGCUUAUAUCCAUAAAUCUUGAGGUGGGUUUUGGCUUGAGUUGUUGUGGUUUUUCUGUAGUCAUAAAGUGAGCAUAGUUUGGCAGCAUGAGUUCUUCAGCUGAAUUAGUAGUUGAGGCUGGAUCCAUGCAGCUUGAUGCAGCUUCCAAUGCUCUUGCUGGAGGUGCAGGUUGUGUAGAAAAGAAAGGAUCACCCCACAGGGAUUUAUGUCAAGGAUUUUGGUAAUAGCCCGGUGUCUGAAAGCAUUCAUCUCUACCAUCAGACACAACAUUCCUCAGGCUCGUGACUGCUCCAAUGACAAAUGGAGUUCCUCCCAUUCAGACAUCCAAAGGGGAUGUUUGAGACAUAAUCUGUAGUGUUGGGUCAUACAUUCGCUGCAGCUAAUUGUCAGUCUUUCUAUGAAGCACUGAAAAAGCUUCUUUCUGAAAUAACACUGUUCUGCUUUAAGCACUUGAAAAAA